GCAGCUGUGCGCACGCGCUCUCCGGAUGUCGCCACCGUCAGCGUCGGGGUCACGCGGCUCCUCGUGCAGCCGCGCCCCCGCUGCGCGUCCCCCGCUGCCCUGUGUCUCGGCACCUCCUUCUCGGCCCGGCCGCCCCCCACCUCCUCCACGUCGGUCCCUCGCCCUCUCGGCCCGCCCCUGUGCCCCGGCGCUAUCCCAGUCUCUGCCCCGCGUCCCCUGCCCCACCUCGCCCUUUCCGUGUACUCCCCCCACCUCUUCCGCGCGACCCUCUGCCCUUCGCCCACCAGCCUCCGCGCCCCCACUUCCUGCCGCAGUCCCCGACCACCCGCCGGAGCCUGCUCCUGGAGCCCCUACCCGCCGGCGCCUGGCCUUGGUCGCUGCGACGUCUGGGACCUGCCUGGACAGACCCGAGCGUCGCUCCCCGCCCCCUCCCCUACCGCGGCCGCUGAGCCUUGGGGACCGAGGCCCCUCCCCGGGCCCGCCCCUGGACCUGGCCGUACUUGAGGACCGAAGCCCUUCCGCGGGCCUGCUCCUGGCCUCUGUCUACACCCGGGAACAAAAGGCACGAGCCUUCGACACAGCCUCAGGGAACACCUAGCAUCCCAACCAGGACCUCUCCCGACCUCGGCUGGAGGCACAAUCCAUGAGAGGAAGUGCUACCAGACUGGACCAGGAGCAGUGGGAGGAGGCCAGAAGGGGCAGGAGAGGCCGGCCACCUGGGAGAAAGGUCUACACUCCAUGUCCACGUUCCUGACACAGGGCUUGUGUCCAGAGUAAGUGAAUAACACUUGUGACCUGGGAAUAAGAAGAUAAUCCAGUUUUUUAAAAAAGCAAAAGUUUUGAGAAGACCCAGAGGUGUACAAAUGACCAAUAAGCAUGUGGAAAUAUGCCUGAUAUCAGUCACGCAUCACCAAGAUCGAGGGUCCAUGGGGUGCCCACUGGAUGCUCACCCUUAAAAAUAGGCGCCAAGGGCUGGCGAGCACACGGAGCAGCCUGGGAGCCUAAGCAGCCCGUGUGGCCGUCCCUCCCCACGCACCUGCUCAGGAGGGCUGAGGCACGUGCACGCAGUGCACCCCAUGUAGCUGUGGUUGCUAGAAACCAGCAGGGCCCAGAUGGGCUUAGGAGGUGAAGGACAAGCAUGCCCGGUGCCUGUAAGUGCUAGGCAGGCCAGACCACGUGGGACAGGGGGCUCUGUCCUGACAGGAAUGGGUCAGUGCCGGCCUGUGGCCAGAGGAGGGUCAGUGGAGCAGUCCUGCCUGACAAGCACAGUGGUCAGAAGGUAUGUGUCUGUCCAAGCACAUUUAACCUUGUGCUUCCGUGCCUGUGAAUUGCACCUCAAUAAAAUUAAUUUUUUAAAAGCCUGUUGGGCUGUAUGUGGGUGAAAGGCCUCAGGGGUGCUGAGAGCUCACAGCUCCCUCUUCUGGGAGUGGGUGGAAAGGCAUGAGAGGAAGGCAUUGGAGCCAGGGGUCCGAGAGAGUCUGGGAGGCCAUGGGUGGCUGGACGUGAAGUGGACAGCAGGGCGCCAACACUCUGGCCCUUGGUUGCAGGUGGGACACAGAGCCCUGGAGGCUGGCUGUGGGUGCAGGCCCAGUGUGCUCCAGCCAUAGAGUGCUCCACAUGGAGACUCUAGCCGUCUGGUUGACCCCAGCUACAGACUUUCUACAUCUCAGGGCCCAGCUCUCCUGGGGCCUUGGGUUGAUGCACUCAGUUGUUCGAGGUCUCACCUAAAUGGUCAGGGUGGGACAAUGAUCACCCCCACUACAGACCGUCCCAUUCCCACCUCCCAGUCGCCUGAUCUCAGCAUUCCCAAGCCUGGUCUGCUGCUGCCGAUCUGCCCCAGUGGCUCUCCUCUCGGCCUCUCCUGACCACCAUGAGGGCCUCCAGCUCACCUCCCUGGUUGGGUCUGUCUGGGGCUUGGGAAAGGGUACCUCUGGGGAGCGUUCCAUGCCCCAAGGCCACAUGGACUCCCCAGUUCUGUCACUCCAUCCUCAAGUUCUCUUGGGCCCUGGCUGGACCCUCAAGUCUGCACACGCUAAAUCCCACAAGAGUGAGGACAUUUGCUGGUGCCCUUCUUCCCAUGGACCCUGCUGUGUGGCCCUUCCUACACCACUCUGUCUAUACUACCACAGUGCACAAGUGGACAUGCAGAGCGGGCGGCUUCUGCUUGGAGUCCUCGGGACCACGUGGUCUGGUUGGCUCUUGAGUGCACAUGCGUUAAGUGAUAGGUGGACAGAGCACGCAUCCCAGUUCCUCUGCUAGGACUCUUCACGGUUCACAGAGAGUGGGUUCGCCCUCUGGGCCAGUGUCCUCCAGGUUGGAGUUCUGAGAGCCUGCCUUCAGGUUCCUUCACCUGACCUUCCUGCGACCUUCUCCACAUGAUGACAGGGGCCUCUCCACAUGCUGACACAGGGGUGCCUGGAACAGGAAGGGCCACCCCCACCCCGCUCCUUCUGCACCUUCCUC